AAUUAGUCACAAAAAUCUAAACGAAGCGUGAAUCAUUCGCGGCCCAUCAUAACACACUCUGAUCUACAAAGUGACGCCAGGAGUUAAUGAGCGGCUUGUCUGUUCUGUUAGUCCGAGGACCUUUAGUAGCCGACCAUAACAAUGGCGUAGAUAUUGCUGGACAUUUAUGACAGUACAUUGUUCUAGUUGUUGGUUAAUUUUUAUAUCACAAUACUGGAAUUCCCAUGGAUUUUUUAUUCGUAGAGGAAACCAUCUUUGGGAUUAUUUUCAGAACAUAAAAUACUGGGCGUUUUUUUUUCACUUUUUAAUUUUGAAAAUAAAUCAGUGACAUUAUUUUCAACAAAAUACUCAACUGCUGGAUUUCCCACCACUUCAGUGAUCAUUUAUGCUGAAUUAUGGAUCAUAAUCACACAUACUAAAUUGGAGAUUUAUAGGGACUUAAAACGAAACCAUGGAUAUUGUAUUUAUAGUACAAUUGUACAGAGUAGCAAUAUUAACGUAGGAAGUAUAUAUUUUGAACAAAAGAAUGAGCAUCACCCCGAGGACGUGCGUUACGUAAGAAGAGGAAAUACUCAGUCUGUCUUCUGUCUGUCAACAUGAAUUUUUCCACAUUUUUCUCCAACAUAAGCAUGAGUGAGACAAUGUCUACCACAGAAGCCACAUACUCAACUGGACAACCACCGUCCAGUGGGGAGUUAGAGUCUCUCGCCGCAACCUUACUGGCUAAACUGAACAAGGAGGAAAAAUUUCGCCAGAUUCCACUGACAUUAUUUCUAGUUGUUCUAUCGGUAACCGGAUUGUUGGGAAAUGUCUUGGUUUGUUUCAUAUACGGUAGAGUGUAUAAAAUUUCUAACUCCCGGACGUUCAUUAUGAGUCUUGCUGUGGUGGACUUAUUCACAUGUGCCAUAGGAAUUCCAAUGGAAAUAGCGACUUCACUGGAUCAGUAUCAGUUUCACUCCCCGUGGAUCUGUAAGAUCUCCCGGUUUAUGAAUAUUUUCACAACGAUAACAUCUGCAGUUGUGCUUGUUCUCAUUGCAAUGGACCGUUAUCGGAAAAUCUGUCGGUCCUUAGAAUGGCAGAUCACGAACAAACAUUCCAAGAUACUUUGUGUUUCCUCUGUGAUCGCAGGGCUUGUAUUAUCUUGGCCCGCAUUUCCCCUUUAUGGAAUAAAGUCUACCGAGCUUGUUUUAUCUCCAGCUGUGAAUGGAACAUCUACCGAGUGUUCGAUUGACGAUUCGUCCAAAAACACACGAAUUCCGCUUAUAUAUGAAGCAUUGCAUACCAUGGUGUUUCUGGUCGGCGUCUUUUCCCUUGUGAUAUUGUACAUAUUGAUAGGAAGGCGUGUUCGAUUUUUCGCGCAAAAACACGAGGCUCGGAGAGGUAGCUCCUCUAAUGGUCUGGACACCGUAGAACAACAGAGCGAAACCCGUCAAACACGGCGGGAUAAACUUAGAAAGUUACAGAGCGAAGGUUCUUCAUCUGACGGCGAUUCAAAUGUUUCCACCGAAACAAAAACGUCAGUUGUGAGAAACGCUAAACAUAAAAUAAGUUUUACUUUGUCCUCUGGUGUAGGACACAACACGGUGGAUAUGAAACCUGGUGCUUCACUUAAAAGAAAUAACUCGAGCUGUUUGAACGCACCUAUAAUGGCUAAACAGGCAAAAUGUAGAAAGACGCUAGCAAGGAACACGACGUACCUUAUGUUUAUUAUAUCUAUUGUGUUUAUUUUAAGUUUUGUGCCAGUGCUUACUUUAGUGUUAAUACGAGAAGUUAAGAAGGAUUUCGUCGAUAGUUUGUCAGACUCGGAGAGAACUGCCUAUAGGUUCUUUUUAAGGUCUUACUAUAUAAACGCCGCCAUGAACCCUGUCAUCUACUCCAUCUUUGACAGACGAUUCAGAAAAGCGGUGAAAAGUACAACGAGAGAACUGAUCAACAAUUUUCCGUUUUGUAAAUCUUAAUAAGCAUUUAUUUUCCUCCUGUUGUAUUGAAUUAUUUUAACCAAAUCCCCCAAAUUAAAAAAAAAAUCCCCAAUAA